AUGGUGGUGAAACAAGGGGCUGUCAUUCAAGAUGUGUCAUGUCUGUUCUUUGUCUCUGCAGCCACAGAAGAGCGCAACAUCAUCAUUACAGCCUUGCUGACUUUCCACCAAUCCACCUGCAUUCGCUUUGUCUGGAGACAAUAUUUCCAUCAGGAUUUCAUCCACUUCUUCUCUGGAACUGGGUGUUGGUCCUCCCUGGGGCGUCAAAGCCAAGGACAGACAAUUUCCCUGAGGAAAAAUGGUUGUUUGUACAUUAACACGGUGCAGCACGAGGUUCUCCACGCUCUGGGCUUCCACCACGAGCAGGUCCGCUCCGACAGGGACACAUAUGUCUCCAUCCUCACCCAGAACAUUGAGCCAGGAAUGGAAUCAAACUUUGUGAAGGUGGGGACUAACAACUUGGGCACGCCCUACGACUUCAACUCUGUCAUGCAUUACAACAAAUUCGCCUUCUCCAAAAACGGGCAGCCAACCAUCGUCGCGAAGAGCAAUCCAAGCCUUAACUUUGGACAAGCCACAGACAUGAGCGUCAAUGACAUUGCUCGUGUCAACAGGCUCUACCAAUGCUGAAUUUAAUGUCAGAAGGACACAGCCACGCUCCAGGUACUUCAACUCACCAAAGGCCCAGAUCUGUUGUACUGCAAGAAUAUUACUUCAAAGCAACACAAACUUGUCUUGAAUAUAUAAAUCUACUGCAUAGCUGUGCAUAUCUGAUAUAGAGAUCUGAAGUGGUGCCACACUUUUCUUAGCUUCUGUUUACAUUCAGUCAUAUUAAGUAUCCGUUACGACACUGGACAGGCAAAUUUGCAACAAAUCAAUUGUAAAAACAGCAUUUAGCACAGGGGAUCGCAGUUUCUUUCUCUUGGAGGGCCAAAACUGAAACUUAUUGGUGGGCCACGGGCCAAAAGCAAACACCUAAUGUAUUGUAGUAAGAUGCAAAAUGUUACCAGGAUCCCAAGCUUCCUUUAAUGACUUCCUACUCAAAGUGCAAACUCAGAUAAUGAAAAAGAAUUGAUAAUUAGGGAUCCUAUAUAUUUAGAGAGCAUUUUUACCCCACAACAAAUACAAUUAUUUUUCAAAUCGAACCUUAUGGUGGGCCAACUUUGGGCAGCUCUGACUUAGCAUCUGCAGCUAAGAUAGGAGUUUGUUUCAGCUUGUCAGAAAGACUCAUGAAGGAAAAUGUUGGUGAGAAAUGUUUGUGCCGGGGCUAGUGGAACAGAAGCACGCUUAAAAGGGG